AUGAUCGGCAAAGGAAAUAUGCUCCCACCAGCAGCCCGAGGGGUAGUGUGUGAUAUUGAUGUGGGAGGAGCUUGGUCGAUCACGCUUAAGUGUCGUAUGCUGCGGAUCCAGUUGCGAGAGAAAUUGGUAGAGUUGAUCAAAGGUCCCCUGUCAGCUAAGAUGAUCAACCACUCAAGAUCUCCAUGCGCAUCGCCAAUCGUCGUGAUCAUCAAGAAGAAUGGUGUGGAUAUGCGAUUGUGCAUUGAUUAUCGGUUGGUUAAGAGUCUGACACAGCUGAUGGUUUACCCGAUGCUCUGA